CGAUCGGCGAAGAAUCGGAAACACAAAAAUGGGGUGUUGCGCGAGCAAUACAGCUGGUGGUUCAAAGGCUAAUCGGAUCUCUCGCUGGCGAUCUACGGGCAUUGUUGGUCUCCGCGACUCCAAAUUGAAGACAUUUCCUGAUGAAGUGAUUGAAAUGGAGAGAGCAGUGCGAACGCUUGAUCUAACACACAAUAAGAUUGCUGAUGUUCCUGGAGAAAUCAGCAAGUUAAUCAAUAUGCAGCGUCUGUUAAUAGCUGAUAAUCUAGUUGAGCGCCUACCAGGGAAUCUAGGGAAACUUCAAUCUCUCAAAGUUUUGAUGCUUGAUGGAAACCGCAUCAGCUGUUUGCCUGAUGAAUUGGGUCAGUUGGUUAGGCUUGAGCAACUAUCAAUCUCAAGAAAUAUGCUCAUAUACUUGCCCGAUACUAUUGGUAGUCUCCGCAAUCUAGUGCUGUUGAAUGUCUCAAAUAACAGAUUGAAAUCCCUUCCAGAAUCAGUAGGGAGCUGUGCUUCUUUAGAAGAAAUACAGGCUAAUGAUAACGUUGUUGAAGAGCUUCCUGCAUCACUCUGCAAUCUGAUUCAGUUAAAGUCGCUUUGCUUAGACAAUAAUCAAGUGAACCAGAUUCCAGAUGGAUUGCUGAUACAUUGCAAGAGUCUGCAAAAUCUUUCUUUGCAUAACAAUCCUAUUUCCAUGGAUCAGUUUCAGCUGAUGGAAGGAUACCAAGAAUUUGAAGAGAGGAGAAAGAAGAAAUUUGAUAAGCAAAUCGAUUCGAAUGUGAUGAUGGGCUCUAAAGGACUUGAUGUAGGCGUUGAUAAAUGAAAACUGUCUUCACAUCCCCUUACUUUGUCCGAUCGGUGAAUGAGGAUCAUCGUUUCGUGUAAGAAAUAUUGUUGUAAAAC